AAGUACUGACAUUAUCUCAUGGUAACACCUAAUAUCGUUGAAUUAUUUUUAAGUGAUCCAUUAAAAUUAAGAUUAAAAGAAUUUGAAGGAGGGGCCUCCCGGGCGGCCUCGUGAGGAGUAUAAUAUGGAGCACUCCAUAACAAUUUUUAACUACUCACCACACGUACAAAAAUACUACGAAGUAAAUACUUUUAUUUAAAAAAAAAAAACAUAAAAAGGGAAAAAUUAUAGGUCAAGUGGUUGAAGCAAAAACCCUCCUUGUACCCUUUGUUAGCAUAACAAUAACCUCCGCCUCUCUCCUCCUCUUUCAGUAAAACCUGCUCGCAGCCGACGACCAACCACCUUCUCCACUUCCGCCGCGACGACCGUCUUUCACCGUUGCUUAGCUCUGUAAACCCAUUCUUGUUGUAGAAAUGUUGGAAAUUAAAACAGCUAAAACUCACAGAGGUAGACGAAUUCUUGAGAAACGAGCCCCUAAACUUGUGGAAAAUGAGAAGAAGACAUUGUUUGUUCAUGGUACAAAAACAAGUAAUGUGCUUAAUUCAGUUUUAACUGAGCUAUAUCAUCUUAAGAAGGAGAAUUCAGUUAAGUAUACUAGGAAGAAUGACAAAAUUAGGCCCUUUGAAGCUGGGGGUGAAACUAAUUUGGAGUUCUUCUCUCAAAAGACUGAUUGCGCCCUCUUCGUGUUUGGUUCUCACUCAAAAAAGCGGCCUGACAAUCUUGUUAUGGGGCGAUUCUAUGAUAAUCAUGUCUAUGACCUUGUAGAAGUUGGGGUUGAGAAUUAUAGAUCACUCCAAUCCUUCUCAUAUGAUAAAAAGAUUUCCCCGAAGAUGGGGUCCAAACCUUUAAUAGCUUUCAUUGGUGAAGGAUUUGAGAGUGUUGACGAGCUGAAGCAUUUGAAGGAAAUUCUCUUAGAAUUGUUGAGAGGAGAGGUAAUCGAAAAUUUGAAUCUUGCUGGAGUUGACCGAAUUUACGUAUGCACUGCUAUUUCUUCAAAUAGGGUGUACCUCAGUCACUGUGCUUUGAGACUAAAGAAAUCUGGAACUGUUGUUCCAAGAAUGGAAUUGGUUGAAGUAGGCCCUUCCAUGGAUUUGGUAGUCAGGCGACAUCGUCUUCCUAAUGAAGGCUUGAGGAAAGAAGCUAUGAAGACUGCCCCAGACCGCACAAAGAAGAAGUUGAAAAAUGUCAAAGGAGAUCCUUUACUGGGCAAGACAGGAAAGAUUUACAUUCCAGAUCAGAAGUUGGGAGACAUGGCAAUUCCUUACAAAGCCAAGGGAGUAAAGAGGGAACGUCGAGAAGCCAAGAGGAACAAAGGGGAUGCGGACACACAAGCUUCAAAAAAGCAGAAGGGAGAAGAAGUUUCUACCUGAGAUGCCUGUCACGCUUCGCAUUCACAAUUUUGACUUGUAAUCACAAUUAUCCCAACUCUAAUCAAAAGAUGUUUACUUUUAGACAUGAAAACUUUGAAAUUACAGAGAGCAUUCUUGUAUGAGGUUUAUGAUGAUGGAUGCGUGUGGACCAAAAGAAAGAGACUUUUUUGAGCUACUAUAUAUUAUGAGAAUAGAUAUAUGAUCAUGCGCAAACAAGAAGCAGCAAAACACUUUCGGUGGGGUAAAUGGGGUGGGGUUUUAGCAUCAUAUCCAACAUGGUGUAUGUUAUCAACAACCCAUGUGAUAGAAACCCUAGCUUCUCUAGUUUAAAGUAGUUAUGUUCUUUUGUAUUGUUACAAUCUAUUGCAAUCCCAAACCUAACUAUAGAUCAUUAGAUCCUCUCACUAUCAUUAGUACACUCAUGGUGGUGCCUAUGCACCUAAAUCUAUCAUGGGGCAUGCCACAAUGUUCCAUGUUUGCCUUUUUAGUUUUAUUAUUAUUUAAUUUGUAA